AAGUAACGGAGCAGCUUCCAUUUCCAAGAUCCAUAUUUUUGUUCCUAUAAAAUAUGGCAAAACCAUCAGCCCUCACUUAUCCACUGCAAUGCUUUUCACCAAUCACAACAUGGCCACAGUUCGUAAUGCGCGCCCAAUUUCUUCCUAAUUCUUGCCGCCGCCCCUCCUCCUCCUUCUCCGCCUCCGCUGCUCUUGAUUUUUCGUAACAGGGAAGAAGGCGGGAGUCGUGGGACUAAAGAUUUAAGCUUCGGAUCUUCCGCUUCUUUGCGUUUCUCUUUUUCUUGACUAAAUUACCAUUCAUUGGAGCUCCGGCAAAAAGAUUCCAGGGUUCUAUGCCAAUGUCUGCCGCUGAAUUCGCCGUCACUUUCAAGGAAGCUGGUCGAUCCGUCAUCGCCACUCGCUCCCCAUGGCGGGAAUUCUUAGACCCAUCUGCUCUUAGCCUUCCUUCUUCCCUCUCCAACGCUACGACUCGAAUGUCUCAGAACUUGACCCGUUUCCUUUCCAAUUACUGUCUUCUCCUCUUGCUCCUCGUCUUACUUGGCCUCAUCUACCAUCCAUUUUCAAUGAUUGUCUUGUUCCUCGUCUUUGCUGCCUGGUUCUUCCUUUACUUCUCUCGCAACGACCCACUUAGGGUCUUUGGUUUUGACUUGGACGAUUUGGUUUUGGUCAUCAUUCUUGGAUUGACUACUGGAUUGGCGCUGGCGGGCGUUUUUGUGAAUGUGCUGAUUUCGCUUGCAAUUGGGGCGGUGGUGGUCUGCUUGCAUGCGGCUUUGAGGGCUACGGAGGAUAUUCUUGGAGAUUUGCAGGAUCCUUUUGGGGAUGCCCUGUUGGAUAGUCCAAGAGGUGAUUAUAGCGGCUUCUGAUUGAAUGUGUGGGUUUGUCUCACUAUUUAACCAUUUGAAGUUCUGUUUUUUUUUUUUCCCCCAAUUGGUUUACAUAUAGAAGUUUGACAGUUUGCUGGUCUGUAUACUGGUCUUGUUGGAUGAAAUGUACAUUGCAAAACUCAAUGAAUUGCAGAAAAGUAUUCAUGUUUAUUAAGCU